AUGGCUGGCAAAACUUCGGACAAAAAGCAAGGCAAAUCCACCGGCAGGGCCAGCUUAAGAGGUGGAAUCAAAAAGCACCAAAAGAUCAGAACAAGAAUAAGAGUUGAACAGGCUAACAAAGAAUCCUUCCAGAUAUCAGACCUCAACAAGAGAGAGCACAAGAAGAAACAAGGUGUUGGUUUAGAGUCUCUUAAGACCAAAUCUCUGCUGAGAGAUCAAGAGAAAGACCAUCAUAAGCAACAAACGCUUGAGAAACAGAAAAAGGAUACCGACGACCAUAUGCUACGACAACUGGAAAUGAUAUCGGGAUUUUCGCUAUAG